CACCCCGCCAGGUCCAGGCCCAGCCCAGCCAGACGACUCCCCGCAGCGUCAAUGAGGACAAUGCCUGCUGGCCCACGUGGGGAGGGGAUGUAGAGGGCAGCGGCGCCGGCCGCUCCUGGCACCAUGGACGAUGCCACGGUCCUAAGGAAGAAGGGUUACAUCGUGGGCAUCAACCUUGGCAAGGGCUCCUACGCCAAGGUCAAAUCCGCCUACUCCGAGCGCCUCAAGUUCAACGUGGCCGUCAAGAUCAUCGACCGCAAGAAGACGCCCACCGACUUCGUGGAGAGGUUCCUGCCCCGGGAGAUGGACAUCCUGGCCACCGUCAACCACCGCUCCAUCAUCAAGACCUACGAGAUCUUUGAGACCUCGGAUGGCCGCAUCUACAUCGUCAUGGAGCUCGGGGUCCAGGGGGACCUCCUGGAGUUCAUCAAGUGCCGGGGAGCCCUGCACGAAGACGUGGCUCGCAAGAUGUUCCGCCAGCUCUCCUCGGCCGUCAAGUACUGCCACGACCUGGACGUCGUCCACCGGGACCUCAAGUGCGAGAACCUUCUCCUCGACAAGGACUUCAACAUCAAGCUGUCCGACUUUGGCUUCUCCAAGCGCUGCCAGCGGGACGGCAGUGGCCGCAUCGCCCUGAGCAAGACCUUCUGCGGGUCGGCGGCGUACGCGGCCCCCGAGGUCCUGCAGGGCAUCCCCUACCAGCCCAAGGUGUACGACAUCUGGAGCCUGGGCGUGAUCCUCUACAUCAUGGUCUGCGGCUCCAUGCCCUACGACGACUCCGACAUCAAGAAGAUGCUGCGUAUCCAGAAGGAGCACCGCGUGGACUUCCCGCGCUCCAAGAACCUCACGGGCGAAUGCAAGGACCUCAUCUACCGCAUGCUGCAGCCCGACGUCAACCGGCGGCUGCACAUCGACGAGAUCCUCAGCCACGCCUGGUUGCAGCCCCCCAAGGCCAAGGCCAUGUCUUCCGCCUCCUUCAAGAGGGAGGGGGAGGGCAAGUACAGGGCCGAAUGCAAACUGGACACCCGGCCAGGCUCAAGGCCUGAGCACCGGCCGGACCACAAGCUGGGGGCCAAAACCCAGCACCGGCUGCUGGUGUUGCCCGAGAACGAGGACAGGAUGGAGGACAGGCUGGCCGAGACCUCCAGAGCCAAAGACCACCACGCCGCGGGAGCCGAGGUGGGGAAGGCGAGCACCUAGAGGUGGCGAGGGCCCCGGGGGGGCGUGGCGUGGCAUGCACCUUACACGCACGUAAACUGAGUAGACAGGGAGGCGCUGAAGAAGGCACAGGUGUGCAAGGAACAAGUAAAACCCGUCAAUUAAACCGCUAUUUUGAUUACGUUCUAUUAGCUUUCUUCCACGUAGCAGCAGGAACGUUCAUUACCGACCACCAAAUAAACCACUAAGUGUGUACAAG